AUGGCUGGCCUAUGCAAGCAGAUCUUAGGCCCCAUCGCUCGGGGCCGGACGGUGGUGACAUGCCGUCACCAGAGCACUCAUGCAAGAACCGCCGCAUCCUCCGAAUUGCCUCCCCCAGAACGAUCAGCGCAGCCCAGGCUGUCGACGUUGAAGUCUGCCAAACCUUUUUCCGAGUUCCUGACAGAUAACUUCAAUCGCCAACAUGACUACCUCCGCAUUAGCGUCACGGAACGGUGCAACCUGCGAUGUCUAUACUGCAUGCCCGAGGAGGGCAUCGAUCUCUCACCAUCCGCGAAAUUGCUCACAUCCCCCGAAAUCUUAUAUUUAUCCUCGCUAUUUGUGUCACAAGGAGUAACCAAGAUCCGAUUGACUGGCGGGGAACCGACGGUCCGCAAAGACAUUGUGCCACUCAUGCAGGACAUUGGCAGACUGCGACAGAGUGGCCUGCGGGAACUAUGUCUCACAACGAAUGGAAUUUCAUUACAUCGCAAAUUGGACCCGAUGGUGGAGGCCGGAUUGACGGGAGUCAAUCUCAGCCUCGACACGCUGGAUCCGUUCCAGUUCCAGAUCAUGACGCGACGCAAAGGCUUUGAUGCUGUGAUGAAAAGCAUUGACCGAAUUCUGGAAAUGAAUAAGGUCGGUGCCGGUAUCAAGCUGAAGAUUAAUUGUGUUGUCAUGCGAGGCAUGAACGAUCGAGAGAUUCUCCCGUUCGUCGAGCUGGGCCGUGACAAGCCCAUCGAGGUACGGUUCAUUGAGUACAUGCCGUUCGAUGGAAAUAAAUGGAAUCAGGGAAAGAUGUUCCCGUACCAAGAAAUGCUGGCUGUCAUUCGAGAGAAGUAUCCCACGUUUGAGAAAGUGGCGGAUCACAAGAAUGACACGAGCAAGACAUACCGUGUUUCAGGCUUCGAAGGUCGCGUGGGAUUCAUUACCAGCAUGACGCAUAAUUUCUGCGGCACCUGCAAUCGGCUGCGCAUUACAAGCGAUGGCAACCUCAAGGUUUGCCUGUUUGGUAACUCGGAGGUCUCCCUGCGUGAUAUCAUUCGGAAGGAGAACAACGGGGCUCCGAUUGAUGUGGAUGCCAUGAGCAAUCUACAACUUUUGGAAACAAUCCAAAGGGCAGCCCGUCUCAGUGACGCAGGCGAGCUGGUCAAUGAACGAGAACGGGAGAUUCUCGACAUCAUUGGGAUGGCCGUGAAACGCAAGAAGGCGAAACACGCGGGCAUGGAGGAGCUGAAGGAUAUGAAGAACCGGCCCAUGAUUCUAAUUGACCAUAAAGCGAGCAAGAGACUCCAGUCUCACAGUCAUCCAUGGUCAAAGAUCCCCUCCCAUCUGCUCUCAUCCCCCAUGUCUUCUCAAAUUCGUCUCUACCACCAUGCACCCAAGCCCAAAGACUCUACAUCACCCUUACGACCAUCUCCUUCCCUCCCGACCACCUCAGACUCGGAUCUCCCCCACCUUACCCCCUCCAAGACUGUGCACAUGACGCAGAUUACCUCGAAGCCUGAAAGCGAGCGUGUCGCAACAGCAGCCUGCACCGUGACCUUUUCCAACGCCCGUCCCUACGACAUCCUCCGCCAGGGCCACACGCACAAGGGCGAUGUCUUCAGUGUCGCCCGCAUAGCCGGCAUUAUGGCCGCCAAACGCACUCCCGACAUCAUCCCCCUCUGCCACCCAGGUAUUGGUAUAACGGGUGUCGAGGUCAGCGUGGAACUCAUUGAACCGGACAACAACCAUGGUGCUAUGCAUGUCGUCGCAUCGGUUAGUUGUUUCGGUCGUACCGGGGUGGAGAUGGAGGCGAUGACCGCCACGAUGGGGGCAGCGCUGACGAUCUAUGACAUGUUGAAGGCAGUUGAUAAGGGCAUGAUCAUCGAGGCAGUUCGGCUACUGGAGAAGAAGGGAGGGAAGAGUGGGCAUUGGGUUCGAGAGUAG